GACCAAGGAUAAUCUCAGUUUGGUAGAUGUGGUGGACCAAAUUAUUUGUAAACCACUAUAGAUUAUCUAGCAGAAAGGACCUGCACAAUCUCGUGCUGUUAGAGAUUGUCACUUCUUGAAAUGGAUGCCACAAAGAUGAAAGGAGCAAAUGGUGCUAGGAGCGAUCUGUCAGAGCAGAUUAAAGAGGUAACCAAAGAGAGCCAUGUGCGUGCUGAGAACACACAACUAAUGCUCAACUUCCAGAAAGGACAGAUCACUCUGCCACAGUAUAAGAUUCUUCUGUGCUCCCUGUAUGAGAUCUACCGAGCUCUGGAAGAGGAGCUGGACAGGAACUCAUCCCACCAGGCCGUGGAGCCCAUCUACUUCCCUCAGGAGCUGGCCAGACUUGAGUCCCUUGAGAGAGAUCUUGAGUACUUUUUUGGGCCACAGUGGAAAAAGAGAAUUACAGUACCUGCAGCAACGCACAGAUACACAGAAAGGCUUAGAGAGAUUGGCAGAAGCAAUCCAAAUCUCCUUGUAGCGCAUGCUUACACCCGUUACCUUGGGGACUUGUCAGGAGGUCAGGUCCUAGCAAAAAUUGCCCAGAAGUCCAUGGGACUUAAUGCCAAAGAGGGAUUGGCGUUCUUCUUAUUUCCAGGUGUGACGAGUCCUCAUCGCUUUAAGCAGCUGUACCGGAGCAGAAUGAACAGCAUUGAGCUGAGUGACCAGGAAUGCAAGAAAGUUCUGGACGAAGCUGUCAGAGCUUUUGAGUUUAACAUUGCGGUUUUUGAUGACCUUCAGAAACUGUUAAGCAUCACUGAAGAGGCUUUAGGAGUCAAUGGAAACGCAAACAGCCACAUCUUACAACUAACAGCUAUUGCAAGAUCUCCAGUCAUACAGUUUACAUUAGGACUGGGUUUUGUACUGGCAACUGUUGGACUUGGAGUCUACACUGCUUUUUAAAUUGUAUUCAAAUUAUGUAAUUUUU